AUGAAGGAUCUCGGCUCUCUCCGUUUCAGCAGAGACUCACGCCUCCAGCCCUUCUCCAUCGUCCGUCUCUUCUCUGCAUGUACCGACGCCUCGGUUUCCUUGAAGACCUCCCUCACCAUUGGAAGAAGAAGCAUGGACUCUCUGUCUAGAUUUGCUCUCGGACCCGCGACGAGAAUCCUUGGGUUUUUCCAACGCUUUCGCUUUGGUUGUUCAUGA